AUGCGAAUCCGCUACCCCUUCGCGGGCGCUUUCAUCCUCCUCAUCCUAGUCGCAGCCUACGCCGGCCUCCUCCCGCACAAUACCUCCCCCUCCAUCCCCUCAAACCUUCAACCAAACGACAAAUUCCUACAUCUAAUAACCUUCUUCCUCCUCUCCCUAAUAUUCUAUUGGAUCUUCGACACCUCGCGCCGCCGCGCGCUGCACCUAACCCUCCUCAUUUGCACACUGGGGUUCGGCGUCGGCUCCGAAAUCCUGCAGGGCCUUCUCCCCAACGACCGGCCAUUUGACCCGCUCGAUCUGCUUGCGAAUCUAGUGGGUAGUCUUGGUGCGGUGGGACUGUGCGGAUGGUAUCAUCGACGGAUGUUGGAGAGGAGGCGGAAGGCGAGGUAUGGGGCACUAGCUGAUGAAGAGGGUGACGGGGAGGAUGUGGAGUUAGGUGUUACGGGUCAUGGGCGUGAUGAGGAGAGUGGACUGGGACCGCAAGAGAAUGGGGUUAUGUCGUUGGAACAGGAGGUGGAUAAUUGGGAUGAGAAUGCUGUUGAUAAUUGGGACGAGGAGGAUAGGCUUGAUGAGAAUGGAAACGAUGCUCAUGGUCAGAAGACUGAUGGUGCUGGGGCCACGGCUGGAAAUAACGAGGGGAAAAAGCGGAGUGAUUGA